AAAAGCUUAAGAAGAAAACCUAUUAAUUUUGUUUCUACUUUCUAACUUUAAAGGGUAGAAGCAGAGCAGAGAGAGAGAGAGAACACAGCUUCUUCUUCUUUCUUUCUUCUUCAAAGCUUCUUUCCCAUGUGGAUCCCAAAACCUUCUCUUCUCCCAUUCCCUCACAUUUCUAAACCAACAUUCUCCCUCUGACACUCACUCACUCACUCACUCACUACCAAUGCUCUCCUUCCUUCCACCAAACUAGCAAAAAAAAUUACACUCCAACCUCACCGCCAAAAAAAAAGUCACAACCCUCCAGUAACGAUGCUCCUUCAACACAUCUCCAACACCAUUUUCCUCCUCUGCCUCUUCUUCACACUCCUCGAAGCCACUAAUCUCACUCUCCCUCACCAACAUCCUUCCCCUGACUCCGUCGCUCUCCACGUCUUAAGUUCAAUCAAUGCAUCCCUCUCACGGAGACAACUCUCUUCCUCCUCCUCCUCCUCCUCCUCCUCCUCCUCCUCAUCAUCAUCCAGUUGCCGCACCGGCAACCCAAUCGACGACUGCUGGCGCUGCACCUCCACCUCCUGGUCCACCAACCGCCAACGCCUCGCCGACUGCUCCAUCGGCUUCGGCCGUGGCACCCUCGGCGGCAAAAACGGAAAAACCUACACCGUCACCGACUCCUCCGACAACAACCCAUCAAACCCAACCCCCGGCACCCUCCGCCACGCCGUCAUCCAAGAGGAGCCUCUCUGGAUCAUCUUCUCCUCCAACAUGCUCAUCCGCCUCAAACAAGAACUCAUCAUUAACUCCUACAAAACCCUCGACGGCCGCGGCUCCGCCGUCCACGUCACCGGCAACGGCUGCCUCACCAUCCAGUACGUCCAACACGUCAUCAUCCACAACCUCCACAUCUACGACUGCAAACCCUCCGGCGGCGCCGUCGUCGCCGCCACGCCGACCAAGUCCGGGCGGCGAGGUAGGUCGGACGGCGACGGGAUCUCCAUCUUCGGGUCCCAGAAGAUUUGGAUCGACCACUGCUCCAUGAGUCAUUGCACCGACGGGCUUAUAGAUGCGGUGAUGGGGUCCACCGGGAUAACCAUAUCGAAUAAUUAUUUCACGCAUCAUGACGAGGUGAUGCUGUUGGGACAUGACGAUAGUUAUGGUCCGGAUACGGGGAUGCAGGUGACGAUCGCGUUUAAUCAUUUCGGACAGGGGCUUGUGCAGAGGAUGCCGAGGUGUCGGAGAGGGUAUAUACAUGUGGUGAAUAAUGAUUUUACGGAGUGGAAGAUGUAUGCUAUUGGUGGGAGUGGGAAUCCCACGAUUAAUAGUCAGGGGAAUCGUUACAUUGCUCCUUCUGAUCCUAGCGCCAAAGAGGUGACGAAGAGGGUGGAUUCCAAGGAUGAUGGAGAGUGGUCGAAUUGGAAUUGGAGAACGGAAGGGGAUUUGAUGGAGAACGGAGCUUUCUUUGUGGCGUCUGGUGGAGGAGUGAGCGCAUUGUUCUCUAAAGCUUCGAGUGUGGAGCCUAAAGCUUCCGCUCUUGUAGACCAGCUCACUCGAAACGCUGGCGUUUUUGGCGGUCCCAGGGAUGAUCAAGGUCAGAGUGGCGAUUCUUAUUCUGGUUAUGGAGGCGGUGGUGGUGGUGGUGGUGGUGAAGGCGGUGGUGCUGAAGGCAGUGGUGCUGAAGGCAGUGGUGGCGGCAGCGAUGGAGGGACGAGUGCUAUUGGUGGUACGACGACGAGAGGAAGCAGCACCAGCGAUGACAGCAAUUUCUUCGGGAUGAUAUUUGGAAGCAAUGCACCGCAACGACCACGUUUUACGCAAUUGUUUUCUUUGAUAAUAAUUUGUGUUUUGUCAUUAUCAACUCUAUUAUUGUUGUAGUCCGUAAGGAUAACUAAUAGGAUUUGGACCCUUCAAUUGAUUGGUUGUU